AUGGCCUCUUCAAACCCUCCCUACAAAUACUUUCUCGUCACAUACCCAGCACCAUACAUCGCACAUGUGCAAAUCAACCGUCCCGAGAAACUCAAUGCCUUUUUCGAAGCAAUGUGGCUUGAAUUCCGCACUAUUUUCGACACUCUCUCCUAUUCUCCCGACGUGCGCUCCAUCAUACUAUCCGGCGCUGGCGAACGCGCAUUCUCGGCUGGUUUGGAUGUAGAAGCCGCUGCACAAGAUGGCGUUUUAGCCGAAAAAGAAGGAAGAACUACAGAUGUAGCGCGAACAGCGCAAGCUAUCAAACGUCACGUCGAAGAAUUCCAAGCCUGUAUAAGCAGUGUCGAGAAAUGCGAGAAACCCGUGAUCUGUGUUCUGCACGGCUACUCCCUCGGUCUCUCAAUCGAUAUAUCUACCUGCGCUGAUAUCCGCAUCUGCACCUCGGACGUCAAGAUGGCCGUGAAGGAAGUAGACAUCGGACUCGCCGCCGAUAUUGGUACCCUCUCUCGCCUUCCAAAGGUCGUCGGUUCUUUCAGCUGGGUCAAAGACGUAUGUCUCUCUGCCCGCGUCUUCGGAGCUGAAGAAGCGCUGCGAGUAGGUUUUGUGACGUAUGUUGAGCCUUCAAAGCAAAAGGCGAUCGACAAAGCGCUCAGUAUUGCGAAAUUGUUGGCGGAAAAAAGUCCAGUGGCCGUGCAGGGUACGAAGGAACUUUUGAAUCACGCGAGGGAUAAUCGAUUAGCGGAUAGUUUGAGAUAUACGGGGGUUUGGAAUAGUGCGGCGAUCCAAACGAAGGAUGUUAAGGAUGCGAUGUUGAGUGGAUUGCAGAAGAGAAAGCCUACUUUUGAGAAACUUUGA